AACAAACCAAAAAAGAUGGGUCACAUAAAACCAGACUUGAUUGAUGUGGACUUAAUCAGAGGCUCAACAUUUGCCAAAGCCAAACCUGAAAUUCCAUGGACAUCUCUGACUCGAAAGGGGCUUGUUCGAGUUGUCUUUUUCCCGUUGUUCAGCAAUUGGUGGAUUCAGGUUACCUCUUUAAGAAUCUUUGUUUGGCUGCUAUUGCUUUACCUCAUGCAAGGCCUUUUCAAUCUUUUCUUCUGUGUGACCUUUGAAUAUUGGAUUACCUCAAUUGAUCCUGGAUUCUCUUCUCUAGUUAUAGCACUCGUGUUAUAUUUUAUGAUGCCUAUUGUGAAUGUAAGCGAAGUACUUGGACCCUUGUGCCUUAUGUUACUCAUGGGAACUGUCCACUGUCAAAUUGUGUCUACUCAGAUAACAAGGCCAUCGGGAAACAAUGGAAAUCGGAGAAGAAGAAAAUUACGAAAAACUGUAAAUGGUGACGGGAGCCGAGAAAAUGGAAGUAACUCCUCUGAUAAAGUCAGAGGAGUAGAAACUUUGGAAUCUAUACCCUUUAUUGGUGGAUUUUGGGACAGUCUCUUUGGCAACAGGAUUAAAAGAGUGAAAUUAAUAUGUAACAAAGGAACUGAAACUGAUAAUGACCCAAGUUGUCUGCAUCCUAUCAUUAAGAAGAGACAGUGUCGACCAGAGAUUAGAAUGUGGCAAACAAAAGAGAAAGCAAAAUUUUCAGAUGGAGAAAAGUGCCAUAGGGAGGCUUUUAGGCAUCUGGGUAAUGGGAUUUCAGAUGAUCUGUCAAGCGAGGAGGACGGUGAAGCCCGGACACAGAUGAUGAUGUUGCGCAGGAGUGUGGAAGGGGCCUCAAGUGACAACGGCUGUGAAGUUAAGAAUAGAAAGUCAAUACUUUCUAGGCACCUAAACACUCAGGUAAAGAAAACCACCACCAAGUGGUGUCACAUUGCACGGGAUUCAGAUAGUCUGGCUGAAUCAGAGUUUGAAUCGGCAGCUUUCAGUCAGGGCUCAAGGUCUGGCAUGAGUGGUGGCUCUCGAAGCCUGACCAUGUCUAGAAGAGACUCAGAAAGCACCCGCCAUGACUCAGAGACCGAGGAUAUGCUAUGGGAUGACCUGCUGCAUGGCCCAGAGUGCCGGUCAUCUGUCACCAGUGACAGUGAGGGGGCCCAUGUGAACACCCUCCAUUCAGGGACCAAACGUGAUCCCAAAGAAGAUGUUUUUCAGCAGAACCACUUAUUCUGGCUUCAGAACUCAAGUCCUGCCUCUGAUCGAGUUAGUGCAAUAAUCUGGGAAGGGAAUGAGUGCAAAAAGAUGGAUAUGUCUGUGUUGGAAAUAAGUGGCAUCAUCAUGAGCAGGGUUAAUGCGUAUCAGCAAGGAGUAGGUUAUCAGAUGCUGGGAAAUGUCGUCACCAUUGGAUUAGCAUUUUUCCCUUUUUUACAUCGACUUUUCCGUGAGAAGAGUUUUGACCAGCUAAAGUCUAUUUCAGCUGAGGAGAUCAUGACUCUCUUUUGUGGGGCACCACCUGUUACACCUAUUAUUAUUUUGUCUAUGAUUAAUUUUUUUGAACGAUUGUGUCUUACUUGGAUUUUUUUUUUCAUGAUGUGUGUGGCGGAAAGAACAUAUAAACAGAGAUUUUUAUUUGCAAAACUCUUCAGCCAUAUUACUUCUGCCAGGAAGGCUAGGAAAUAUGAAAUACCUCAUUUCAGACUUAAAAAGGUGGAGAACAUUAAGAUAUGGUUAUCACUGCGCUCCUUUCUCAAGAGACGGGGUCCACAGCGCUCAGUUGAUGUCGUCGUAUCUUCAGUCUUCUUACUGACACUUUCCAUUGCUUUCAUUUGUUGUGCCCAGGUUCUGCAAGGGCAUAAAACUUUCCUGAAUGAUGCUUAUAAUUGGGAGUUUUUGAUCUGGGAAACAGCUUUACUACUUUUCUUACUGCGUCUGGCCUCAUUGGGGUCUGAAACCAAUAAGAAAUACAGCAAUGUUUCAAUAUUACUUACGGAACAGAUUAAUUUAUAUCUUAAGAUGGAAAAAAAGCCUAAUAAGAAAGAACAGCUCACUCUAGUAAAUAAUGUAUUAAAGCUGUCCACCAAGUUAUUGAAAGAGCUGGACACACCGUUUAGACUCUAUGGACUGACAAUGAAUCCCUUAAUCUACAAUAUCACACGAGUAGUUAUCCUUUCUGCUGUCUCAGGUGUUAUAAGUGAUCUUCUAGGAUUUAAUAUAAGACUGUGGAAAAUUAAGUCAUAAGCUGAGUCAUGUGCCUGGACUCUCCCCUUGUUGGCACCGGUACUUACCC